AGCGGGAUCACUGACGGAAAAAUAUUCCUCCGGCACGGGCAAUGACAGCACCAUACUCUAGGCCAAUUCUCGCGGCGCGAUAAGCAGCGGUAUCAUUUGUCUAUCAUUGACGUUGUGUCAAUCCGCCUCCGAGGAGAUACAGCUCCGCAUUGGACAGCGAAACGUGACAAGUCAUUGGAAGCUUUUUCUUUUCUCUCGUUAUAGUCGCCGACUCAUCAUGUUCUUAAUUUCUCUUUCCUACUCCAAUACGUUCAGCUUCCUUUUUGACUGGCCUUUCCAUUAAUUCUUGGUAUUUGUUUCUGCCUCUUUCGUUUCGCGAGCAUAGAGAGCUACACCUUCCGCUGCACUCCAAAAAUGGACUCAGAGUAUUUUUCGCCUUAUCGAUCAGACGGGAAGCUUUACGGCUUCGUCUGCGUCGUGACUGGCGCGACUCGGCCAGUGGGUAAAGCUAUUGCUCUAGAAUUAGCCGCUCACGGGGCGGCUUGUGUCUACGCAUGUUCGGUUGCACCGAGCGAGAAUUAUCUCGAGCUUGCGGAAGAGGUCAACGCAGCUUACCCGAACACGAAAGUUAUUGGAUACCCGUAUAAUAUCUCGAAUGAGGAGGACACACUUGGGCUAAUUGACGAUGUGUUGAACACCUGGGGAAGGCUUGACGUUUGGGUCUGUAGCUCGGGGCUUCUUGGUCCGCCCUCGAUUGUGGAAACAACCCCCGACGACCUUCGAAAGUGCAUCGAAGCGAAUUCGAUGGCGCCCUUCUAUGCGCUCAAAUAUGCUCCGCCGGCAAUGAGUAAGACGACACCAAAGGGAAAUUAUCCUAAUGCUGCGCCCAAAGAUCAGAGCUAUGGUAGUAUUAUCGUGGUGAGCUCUGUGGCGAGCACCUAUGGAGGUUGCUGGGGACCAUGCUUCACCAUGAGCUCGCAUGCGGCCUUGGGUGUUGUCAGAGCUGGCGUUGCAACAUUGAAAGGAACCGGAAUUCGGAUCAAUUGCAUAUCUCCGGGCCAGAUUGAUGUAGGUGUGGACCUGAAGGAUUUUGACGCUCGGGGACUUCACUCUCAACUCCCUCCGGCCGCGUUGCAGUCGAACGAAGCCCAAAAACAGCACAUUGGCCUCGAACGUGCUGGCUUGCCGAUGGAGGUGGCCCGGGUAGCGGGAUUCCUUGCUAGUGGCUUCAGUAGCUAUAUCACUGGAGCCAAUUUGGUUGUCGACGGUGGAGCAUCGACAAUGUGCCCAUUAACUGUACCCAUUUGA